CCCCCCCCCAACUCUCACGCCAUGCGGUCCCUCUCGCCCGUGCUCGCCUCCCUGGCGAACGUAUUCAGAAUCCCUAUCUCGCAGACAUCGACACGGCCGUCCGUGACCCGCAUGUGCAAUGAAGCCCUGCUGAAGAAAUCGACCAGCGGCCCCGUCACCUCCGCCGUCCAGGCCCCGGCCGCAAGAUCAUUCUCGACCACCAACGCCUUGCUCAAGAGGAAGGGCAAUGGUCCUCGCGGAGAUCGCCGAGUUACUCUGAUCCGUUAUUUCCUGCACCACCCCAAGACGCCUCGUCCCCUCCGUUUCUCCCGGACUCGCUAUCUCCGCCAUUGGACCAUCCACCGUGCCUGGCAACUGUUCCAGGCGCAGCAGCGCCGCUCCGAGCAGCUGGAGCUUCAGCGCCAGUGGCAGGCGAUGAACGCCGCGUGUGAGGAGCUCCGGACUGGAGCGGGAGAUGGAGGCAAGCUGUUCCGGAAGUCGAUGAACAAGCGCGGUGUUUUUAGAGAUCUGUUCCCGAUUGAGUAUGGUCGGUUGCAGACUGAAGCGCCGAGUCAGGAGGGCUGGAACCAUGAAUGGAAGAGGAUGGAGAAGAAAUGAACUGAAGGGGAGGGUUAGUGUGCAUUUAUUCCAGGAGGGAGAUCUACGCUGAGCUUUGGUGUCUCUUGUUUAUUAUAUCUAUUGCGGGGUAUGAAGAUAUUCUUGUUGGCAUGUACUGUACCAUAACAUUGUUCAAUAUUUGUUCUUUCUUUGAGAUGACGCGUGUGGUGUAUAGGAUAUGCUCUGUCGAGUAUCUGGUCUACGGGCCGGGUAGGGAAGUAAUU